GCUCCUAGGCAAUACCAAACAAGGCAAUGGAAAUAAAAAUGAAGUUACCUCAUUAUUCUGGAACUUGCUCAUAAAUACAACUCUUCUCCUACAAGGAAGCCAAGAUUAAAUUUUACAGAGGAAAAUCAUGGGCAGCUUAACAGAAGAAGAACUUAUGCAAAUGGUGAGAGAUUUCCAUGAAUCAGACUCAUCAGCUCCACCACCCAACUCAUUAUCAUCUUCACAGCCCCUCUCUCCUCCUCAUCAAAUCAAAUAUCUCACUUUACAGGAGAUAAUAUGGAGGGCAACCGAUUGUGAGAUUGAGAUUCUUGAGAAAGUGUUGAUGUAUUUGAGGAACACUGAGACUUUGAUGGAACCCAACAAUCUGAAAAACAAAUGGGUUGUGAUGAAACUAAAAAAGGAUGGUUAUGAAGCCUCCCUUUGCAAAACUUCAUGGGUUUCUUCUUUUAGGCUCUCUGAAGGUCUCAAUUUGAACUGGCAAGACCUACACAAAACUACAAGCAGCUCAAAGACACUCUGCCCACCAUCUUUGUUGGGACAGAAGAAAAGCUUGACAAAAUUAUAUCUCUGCUUUGCCCAGCUGCAAAACAAUCUCUUAAGGAGAAUGGCCUCCGUGUUCCUCCUUGGAGAAAAGCCAAGUACAUGCAAUCCAAGUGGCUCUCCAAAGAUUGCAAGAAAGUCUCAAUCAAUCUGGAAAUGGGAAUUAUGGAUCAUAAGAGUGAACCCCAAUUUACAACUACUCAUUGAUCCCAGCAAAAUUAGGACUAAUUGGGCAUGCCAUUUUGAAGCUGCAGAGAAGAGUACAGAUCAAUGUUGUGAUCUUGGAUCUUGGACACCAUUUUCAAUUUUCCUUUAAUUUUGAUCCCCUCUCAAUUUUCUUUUAUUUCAGGUCAAUUUUGUUGGGGCAGACCUCAAAGUUUUGUAUGUUUCCAGAGCUAUUUCCUAGGUGUCUCAGAGCCAGACAUUUUUGUAUUGGUUUUUUUUACUAGUAUUCUGCUCAUGAGGGCCUCAGUUGCUGACUGAAAUUAACUUGCUCAUCAAGUCUUGAGACUGUUUUGAAGCAGAAGGAAUUAAUGGAGAAACGCAUGCCAACA